UCCGCGGCGCGGGGUCAGCGUGCGGCGCGGCGCGGCGCGGAUCGGCCGCCUGCGGGAACGUCGCCGCGGCUCUCAGCGAUACCCGCCGGGUCGGCCGGGAUCGCGCCUCACCUUAACGAAGGUUCCCUGACCGCGGAGCGCAGGUGCAGCGAGCGGCUUGGCCAUGGCACCGCGCAGGACUCGGCCCGGCUUGGUGGCUGCCUGGGGCCCUGACAGCCAUGUAUGGAGCAGCAGUGCUGGAGUGAUGGGCUGAACCCAUGGCAGGAAGCAGCACCUGUUCAGGUGGGCGCCCAGCAGCCCGCUGGGAGGUGUGAAGGCCCAUUCCAGUGGGGGCAUGGCCAAAGCGUUCUUCAGGCUGCAGAAGUUCCUUCGGCGGACCCAGUUUCUGCUCUUUUUCCUGACUGCCGCGUACCUCAUGGCUGGCAGCCUCCUGCUGCUGCAGCGUGCCCGCCUCGCAGCCCAGCAGGGACCACGCGGGGCCUCGGGCCUGGCACUGCCAGGGCCAGACACGGGGCCGGGAGCCAAGGCUGCAGACCCUCGCCUGGCGCAUAGCCCUGGUGCCCAGCUCCCCCUGGGAAAGGACACGCUGCCAGGGGCGGAACCGCAGCACAGCCUGCGCUGGAUGGCACCUCGCAACUCAGAGCUGAGGUGGCUGCGGAGGAGGUGGUUCCACAGGUUCAUUGGCGACCAGGAGCCCAUGCAGACCGCGGGACUCAGAGCCACGAGGGGUACCGCCGAGCACAAAGGCACCUACGUGGGCUGCUUCAGCGAUGACUCGAAGGAGAGGACACUGAAGGGAGCUGUAUUCUACGACUUACGAAAAAUGACAGUGGCUCACUGUCAGGAGGCGUGUGCUGAGAGGGCCUAUGCCUACGCGGGUCUGGCGUAUGGAGCGGAGUGCUACUGUGGGAACAAGCUCCCAGCCACCGCCUGCAGGCCCGAGGAAUGCAACAGCGAGUGCAAGGGCGAGAAGGGCUCGGUGUGCGGCGGAGUGAACCGGCUGUCAGUCUACAGGGUGGAGGAGCUGCAGGCGGCGGCACCACGACGGAGGAAUGUUAUCUAUCGAGGAUGUUUUAGAGCUCCAGAAAAUUUAACAGACACCUUUCCAGCCUCUUUGAUACAGCCCAAUUUGACGGUGGAGAUGUGCUCUGAAUUUUGCUCCAAGAAAGAGUUCCCCUUGGCAGUGAUCCGGGGGCAGGAGUGCUACUGCGGGUACCCCACGGCGCGCUUCCCACUGCGGCACGGCGCGGACCGGCGGCUGUGCAGCGCGAUGCCCAACGCCAGCAGCGCUGCCGCAGGGGGGUACUGCCAGGCCUACCAGACCCCGGUGCAAGACACCCGCUGUACAGACAGGAAAUUCCUAACCACAAAAUCCAAAGGGUUCAUUGCUUUGUCAAGCUUCCCAGGGGCUGGCAACACGUGGGCUCGCCAUUUGAUCGAGCAUGCCACAGGCUACUACACAGGCAGCUACUACUUCGAUGGAGCCCUCUACAACAAAGGCUUUAAAGGAGAAAAAGACCACUGGCGAAGUAGACGGACCAUCUGCGUGAAAACACAUGAAAGUGGCAAGACGGAGAUUGAAAUGUUUGACUCUGCUAUCCUGCUGAUACGAAACCCAUACAAGUCACUCAUGGCAGAGUUCAACAGGAAAUUCGCUGGGCAUCUGGGCUACGCUGCAGACCGCAACUGGAAGAGCAAAGACUGGCCAGAUUUCGUGAACAGCUAUGCCUCCUGGUGGGCCUCCCAUGUCCUGGACUGGCUGAAGUACGGAAAGCGUCUGCUUGUCAUCCACUAUGAGGACCUGAAACAAAGCCUCAUCCCCAAGCUGAAGGAGAUGGUGGAGUUCUUGAACAUGACAGUGACGGAGGACCGUCUGCUCUGUGUCGAGAACAACAGGGAUGGGAACUUUAAGCGGUCUGGUGCUAAGCAAAAAGAUUUUGAACCAUUCACCCAAGAAAUGAAAGAUCUUAUCAACAGAUACAUCCUGACAGUGGACGAGGCCCUGAGGGGAAGAAACUUCACAGGGCUGCCCAGAGAGUAUGUGCCAAGAUGAUAGCAUGGCAGCACUCAACUGUGCUUAAAAAUAAUUUUUUAAGGAAAAUGAGACUAGAUCUUUAUAGCAGCUAAAGCAAAGAUACUUGGGGAGUCUCCUGAGCAAUGCAAAUUCUCUCUGCUCUGAGGUGUUCUUCAGGACACUAGGUGUUCCAAAAGGCAAACAGCAGAUAGAAUUUGGUUGGCAGAACAAGGCCAAGCCACCACCAUCUGCCUACAGGUGCUGCUCUACACAUAGACAGCCAGAGCCUCACGGCAGAGCUCUGGUGCUCCUUGCUGAUGGGGAUUUCAUGGCUAUCGGUUUGGAAGCAGGCAUACGCAAAGGAGGAAAAAAGUGGCAACACCGAUAAACAAUUUUCAUCUGAGCACUUGAGAAAAAUAUGUUUCUUCCUUCUCAGCACAGCCCACAGCUUCCCUCUGCAGGGCCAUCGGCCUGGCCCAGCCUGGCCCCAUGCUCUCACCAGCCACAGCCCAGUGAUGGAAUAGAGGUCUGCACAGCUGCUCACUGCCCCUGUGCCCGGUGUUGUGCUGGGGAGCACCCAGUGAGCAGCACAACUGGAGGGACUGUGAGGCACUUCUGUUCAUGCGAAGUAAGGGAUUCCUUGAAAACCUGCCCAAAAACAUUAGUUUUAAUAAAACAAGAAGUUUGUAUAAAGGGAGCUGGGCUUUCCUCUGUGUGUCACUGGCACUGAAUACAAUAAAACUGUCACAAACAAAACAUGAAGUGCACUUCAGCCCGACCAGCACAGCCCCUGUGGUGCCCAGGCUGCAGGGCUGAUACACAAAGCCAAGAGCCCUCUGUCAUCGGCAGAAGUGGCACAAGUAAAGGAAAAGUAGCUCUGAAGCUUACUUUUUUCCUCAUAAGUCCAGGAAAAUGCAAGUGGGGGAAAAAUUAAAAAAAAAAAAAAAAAGAAAAGUACAGAGCAAAAGAGGCUGUAGCAGAGGGAGCUGGAAAGCUUCAUACAGCUUCCACUACCUGAACUGCACUUAAAACUAACCUCCAGCAUUUUCCUUUUUUACCUAAGCUGUACCUCUUAAUGAUUGUCAUUGAAAUGUUAAUGACAGAAAAGCAGGCAAAGCUGCAGAAUGCCACUCCAUGCAGCUGUAGAAACAUCCUUAAAGUUGGAUUACUAGAAAAAGAAAAAAAAAAUCCCUGAAAUUCAGCAAGGGAAGCACACUCUUUAAACACCAGCUGUUAAUAUUUGUAAAGGAACGCAGGCAGGGCACCGUGCGUCAGGUCAGCAGAUGCCAACCUGAGCCGUCCCUCCUCGCUCCAGGGCAGCUGGCAGCGAGGCGAAGGGCUGAGCUGUGGGGCAGUGCUGGGACGGGCGCAGGGCUCUGGCACCUCCCAAAAACCCGGCUUGUUAUAGCCAACCAAUGCCCACAGAUGAGGAACAGGGGAUGUCUCUAUGUUUUAUAUAUAACAUUACACACAUCUUAUAUACGCAGGUACAUAAUAAACUGAUACCUACGUGUGUUUAUCUAUUUCCUAAGUACACACUUCAGAUAGUAAGAGUAGCCAAGCACUUCUUGGGCCAAGGCACAAACCCUGCUGCUGCCUGCACUACCACACGUGAGUUAUUCUCACAAAUACACUGCAUUCCAUCUUAAAAAGAAUUGCAGCAUUUUUUAGUCCUUACUCCCCCAGGAAGAAGGCUGCAGAACUGCCAUUUAACAGCCAGGAGUCAUCUCCAAACUGGCAGUCUAACACACAUUUAUUACUCUUGCUGCCCUCCUUAAUCGUCCCAGAUGCCCGCACAGACACUGAUCACAGCCUCUUCCUUCCCAGACACCAUCUCACAAGCAUAAAUGAUCUGUGCAGCUUUAACCUUUUAUCCCAAGUCAGCAGUUCAAAAGCACUUGGCAAGACUUUACCACGACUGACCUCAAUACUGCACAGCAAACCAUAAGAAGGUUGUGCAGGCAUUAUGCUGAUCCAUGCAAUAUAAGUAGUAUUUGGUGUUUGUUUGUUU